GUUCGCUAAGACUGCACGUUGUUGGGCUGUACUACUAUAUUAAGUUGGAGAUUCAUUUCUUAAAAGAUUUGCCAUGUCAUAUGCUUCAGCGGUCGAUAUUUCAAAAGUUUCUGACCCAUCGUUUGAUCAGGGUGCUCAUGAAAAUAUAUUCGCUCUAGACAUCGGUGGUUCACUUGCGAAAUUAGUAUACAAACGCGUCUUCCGGUAUAGACGUUCUAUACCCCAGCAAUGUCGUAAAAGUGUCAGUGAAAAUGAAAUACCUUUUGACUUUUAUGAGUACACAGAACACGAAGACGAAGGACAAAAACUAUGUUUCAUGAAAUUUGAAACUAAGAACAUAGAAGAAUGUUUGGAUUUCAUUCUUUUUAACAUAACACAUCAAGGUGAUUUAUCCAAAAAAACAAUUAAUAAGAUCAAGGUGACUGGUGGGGGUGCUUAUCGCUAUCGUGAACUGAUUUGUUCGAAGUUGGGAGUUGAAUUGGAUAAAGAAGAUGAAAUGGAUUGUCUUGUAAGAGGAUGUGUAUUUAUGCUUCGAAACAUCCCAGAUGAGUUAUUUUAUUAUGACAAACAUGCUACUCCAGCUCACGUCUUUGUUCCAAAUUGCUUGGUUAGUACGUUCCCUUUCCUUUUGGUCAAUGUUGGGUCUGGCGUUAGUUUCUUGAAAGUUAAAAGUCCCACGUCUUACCAAAGGGUUGGUGGAACGUCUAUUGGGGGUGGCACUUUUUGGGGUUUAGGAACGCUGUUAUCUGGAGGAAAGUUUACUUUCGAUGAGCUUCUGGAAAUGGCGGAUUCCGGUGACCACCGCAAUGUUGACAUGUUAGUACGCGAUAUAUAUGGAGGUGCGUAUGAAACACUUGGACUUUCUGGGGAUGUAAUUGCGAGCUCAUUUGGUUUAGCCGCCCGUCAUCCAGAACAACCUCGUGUUUUAGGUGAUAUGGUGAAGUCCCUACUAAUUACAGUUAGCAAUAAUAUAGGUCAAUUGGCUUGUCUAUAUGCUAAACAGUAUAACCUUACACGAAUUCUUUUUGGGGGAUAUUUUAUUCGGGGACAUGGGUUAACAAUGGAAGUAAUUACUUAUGCCGUUCGGUUUUGGUCAGGCGGAGAAUACAAAGCCUUAUUUUUACGGCAUGAAGGGUAUUUAGGGGCAGUAGGUGCAUUUCUGAAAACUUGUAAGAAUAAUAAUUCAACGGAACGAAAAGCACUUUGGUCUGAGAACUAUGUAGUUAGCUCGAGUAAUACUCCGUUCUCUGAUAAUCCGUUUGAAUCAAAACCAUAUGCGACCAAUCACAGUAAAGGAGAAACUGAUUUCAAUAAAGUUCCUCCUCAUGAUCUGUCAAUUGUGAAUUUUUCAGUUGGUAAAGUACCGAAUCCAAAACACUUAAUAAUCGCUCAAAAAGCAGAAGAAAGCAAGUCUACUUUAAAGAGUUCUUCAAAGUCUACGUCACAGAAACACGAAAUUUCAAAACUGCCUAACUUUGAACUCGAUCGUGUGUUUACACAUUCUCUAGAAAUGUUUCAUUUACUAGAGUCACCCGCAAAUUAUUCACCAGAUACAUGGGAUCUAACUCACGAUGAAGAAGCCAGGAUUUAUUGGUUAGGUUGUUUCGAAAGCUGUAUAGAAUAUCACAGAGCAAAAGCUGAAGAAAGUCAAUCUGACACAUUAUCAGAUGCCUCUGACCGUUCUCAUCAGUUCGCUGAACGAUAUAAACGAUUUCUACGUGAAUUGAGUGCUGAUCCAAGUGGUCGUGGAGUGCUUACUGUAAGAUGCCUUUUAUCCGCUCAACAGCAUUUCCUACGUGAAUAUGGAUUUGGAGAUGUCUUUUGUUUACAGAAAAGAUUUGAAAAUCGAGGUGCUCUUUCUGCUCUUAUGGAUCGAUUAGGUGAACUUUCUAAAUUGGAUUGGUCUAAUCGUCAACUGUCUUUGAUUGAAGGUCUUUUGGCUGGUAAUAUGUUUGAUUGGGGUGCAGCUGAGGCGAUUCAAUUCCUAAAGGAAGCUCCAAAGAAUAAAUUUGGUGCAGCUGACUUUCAUGUUAUAUUAGAUAAAGUUCAGGUGGGUUGAAAUCUUUGUACAAAAGAGUUUUUUCAGAGGACAAACGGCUAAAAUUUUCACUACUGAGUUAUAAGUUUUAAUCUUUUCUCGCUGAAUUUAUCUUAGAAAUCCGCGCACUAUGUUCAGUUUUGACAGGUGUACUUCGAAAUCCUGCUUAUAAACCUCUUUCUGUUUACAAGGUUGUCUCUCAGUGCAGAACAUUUUUAAAUUGUUCGCUUCAUCAACCACCAUACUUAUAGGUAUAAAUCGAUAAAGCUAUGCUCAUAUACAGGUAAAUUUCUAUUAUUUAUAUCUUUUUUAAUUAUAUUGUUUUUUAUGGAAUUAUUCAUUAUUACCAGAUAUUUAUAUUUUUUUCUCAUAGUCUAGACCUUGGUUAGUUGACAAUUAUGAUAAUUGGAUUGAUCGAAUCAGCGUGUCCGGAUCACCUUAUCGUUGUAUUUUAAUUUUCUGCGAUAAUAGUGGUGCAGAUAUUAUACUUGGUGUACUACCAUUUGCUAUGGAAUUUCUAAAUCGUGGAUGUAAAGUAAUAAUGGCGGCUAAUUCAAGUCCUGCUAUCAAUGAUAUAACUUAUCAAGAAUUGGAACUACUCCUACACAUGAUAGCAUCUUUUGAGCCUUUAAUAGCUGAAUCUCUUAAUAAUGGACAACUUAUGUUAGCUGAAAAUGGCCAAACUUCACCUUGUCUAGAUUUUCGUCUAAUUGCUAGCUCGUUGGUUCAGUUGGCAGAACGGGAACAGGUCGACUUGAUUGUCAUUGAAGGUAUGGGUCGAGCAAUUCAUUGCAAUUUAAAUGCAAAAUUCACCGUCGAUACACUCAAAAUAGCUGUGAUUAAAAAUUCUUGGCUUGCACGAAGGUUAGGCGGUCAGCUAUAUGGUGUGAUAUUUAAAUUUGAACCUGUUUUAAAGUCAAGAUAAUAUUCUGAAAAUUAUGUAAAUUGUUGUUGUAUCAAGAGAGUUGUUUACAUGAAUUAAUUAAUUGAUUCCAUAUAGUAUUAAAAAUGUAUCUAGCUCAGUUGCUGAACAAUACCUUCAUUUCUUAUAUUCCUUGCUUCUUGUUACAUUAAAUCAUACCAUACACUACUACGUACUUAUUGUUAGAUACUACUUCCGGAACAUUCCUUGACAAAUAUUUGACAGCUAACUAAUUUUUUUGCAAAUUACUGUCAAAGUAUACACUAGUUACUUUCUAUUCAUCUUUAUUAUUAUUAUUUCUAUAUAAUUGUAAUAAUGUUACAUGAAAACAUUUCAGAUUAAUCAAAUAUUGGCUGUAAAAUUAUUUGAUUUCUUUGUGAUGUGUUCUGUUAGUAAUAAUUAUUUAAUAAUUUAUAAUGGUUUAACCUUAUCUUUGUUACCAUGGUCGUUAUCUUUGAUAUUGUCAUCAUUGUUUACCAUCGACUUUUCUCGUGUGUUUUUUCUCAUCGUAAUAGUUGUAUUUUUCUCUUCCAACUUUGUAUAGAUUUACUGUCCUUUAAUAUUAGACUUGGGAUUAAAUGUAAUUUUUAAUCAACAUGUAAACAUUCUGUACAAAACUCAUUAUUCAAUAUAAUUUUAGUAUAUUUCAAAAUUUCUAAUCUUUUUACUAUUUUUAAAAUAUAAUCUACUUUCAAUGUUUUUAAGUAGUCUUUUUACUAAUGAUAUUCUUUCUUUAUUACGCAUCUAUUUGAUUGUGUUUUCUCCCUUUUUUAAUAUUAUUCUCAUUUAGUCCUAUAAUUAAUCAUCUAAAAAAGAAGAUUUUAGUUCGUUUAAUAACUGAAUUUUAAAAAAAUGAACGUCAAUUAAGUUGUGUUCUUUGAAUUUGUUCACUUAGUUACUGUGCCAAUUUAUUUUCAAGCAAUUCCUCUUUUUUUGUUAAUUGAGAACAGAAAAAAAAAUGGAAAAAUUGAUGUUUGUCCUUUUUUUUAAUAACAAAACAUUUAUCGCAUGAAUUAGUUAUUUUCUAAAAAAAAAGUAAUGUAUCAGUAUUUAGUUUAUCAGUAUUUGUAAAAUGUCGUAUCAGUGAUGUUUUUAAUUUCAAAUACACUUUGGGU